UGUUAUUUGGUAAUCUUUGGAAUAUAUUUGGCUGUUAGAAAACCCUACCUGCUAUUGCAGGUGCUCUCAGGACUGCGGUGUCCCAGAGAAACAGCCAGGCUAAGGCUAAGCUAACAUAGGCUAGGCUAAGCUAAGCUAGGCUAGGCUAACCUAGCUGAAGACUAGCUGGCAGUUCAAAAGUCAGAAUGGAUCUAUUUGAUGACCUACCGGAGCCAACUCAGGCUGGUCAGGUGCUGUCUCAGCAGGUGUUACAGUCCUGCCAUCAUCCGCCAAAGAAAACGACAAAGAAGAGGAGAAGAGUGUGAAACGAAAACGAGAGGAUGAAGAGUGUCCUGCGGUUCUAGAAGAAGAGGAAGAGGAGAACCAGAAAGUUUGUAGAGAAGGUUUUCACCUCUGUCACAAUGCCUCCCCGUGUUGAGAGGCUAUGUGGCGGCGAGGCGUGGCGAGCGUGACGAGAUGCAGGACGCUCAUGUGCUGUUGCCCAACAUGAGCACCUGUGUGUCGGCGCGACCCAGUCAAGUAUCGCGGGUGUCGUAUUUCGCCGUGUUUGACGGCCACGGAGGCUCUCGAGCGUCCCGGUUUGCAGCGGAGCAUCUUCACCACACUCUGGCCAAGAAGUUCCCCCGAGGUGAAACUGACAACCUGGACAAGCUGGUGAAGAAGUGUCUGGUGGACACUUUCCGCCAAACGGACGAGGACUUUCUGAAGAAAGCGUCCAGCCAGAAGCCAGCGUGGAAAGACGGCUCCACGGUGACAUGCAUGCUGGUGCUGGAUGACGUGGUCUACGUGGCCAACCUGGGAGACAGCCGGGCGGUGUUGUGUCGGAUGGAGGCGGAGGGAGGAGCCGCAGGAGAGCGGCGGCCGACGACGCUGGCACUCAGUAACGAACACAACCCGACUAUCUACGAGGAGAGGAUGAGGAUCCAGAGAGCGGGAGGCACCGUCAGGGACGGCAGGGUGCUGGGCGUCCUCGAGGUGUCUCGCUCCAUCGGAGACGGCCAGUACAAACGCUGCGGCGUCAUAUCCACGCCCGACCUGAGGAGGUGUCAGCUCACGUGCAAUGACAGGUUCAUCAUAUUGGCCUGUGACGGCUUGUUCAAAGUCUUUUCUGCGGAUGAUGCCGUCAAAUUUGUGCUCGACAUCCUUCAGGAGGGAGGUGCUGACCAAAGGCUGACGGACCAGGAAGAGCAGUUUGAGGCUGCUUGCCAACAGUUGGCCACUGAGGCGGUCCGACGAGGCUGCGCCGAUAACGUCACUGUGAUCCUGGUUUCAGUUGACUUCUGAACACACACACACUCACACUGUAUGCAUCCACUUUGUUUUCCAAUUAAAUACUUUCCUUUA